AUGUACACACGGUGCUCGUCAAGAUCUGGCUCCAGCGCCAUCUCUUCCGACGUGGCCUGGGACUCGUCUGGCUCGACCUCGCCGACGGUAGCACUACGCGAUGCGCUCUUGUUCGUUUCGGACGCAGCCGCUCGGUCGAUAGCGUCACCCGAGCAGUCGACAGAGUUCAAGCUGUCAACGACGCCGUACGAGCUUGAAGUCGUGCUCGUGUUCGGGGCAAGCAAGGCGGGCUGCAAGAUCGCCGCAACAACGGAUAUCGCGCUCACCGCCGCGUCGCUGAGCUGCUUGUCAACGGACACAAGUGCGCGCUUGACGUCGUCGGCUUACCUCGCCGUGUUUGGCCGACCAGCGUCGCUCGACGCAAGUGCGACGAUCUACCCCAUCGCUUUGCCUCGAUGGCUGGCGUAG